AUGUCAUACAUUCCUCCACACAAGCGACAUUCGAAGAAUCCCGUUAUCCCUUGCCCUUUUCCAGAUUCUCUAGCUACAAAAUUCAUGAAAAACACGGACUCCAAAAGUAGCAGUGUUAAAGUCAAUAUAGCAUAUUCAAGAGAUGCCAUUUCCAAAUGGUUUCUUAUUGGUCCAAAGGGAAUAUCGGAUGAGGUUCCUCCAGGUAUUAAGCUCGUGCCGAUGUCUUCGGAUUCUUCUGAAUGCAGAUAUGGAGAAAAGUCUUUCGUAUUGAUAAACACUAAUGUAGAAAAAGUUGAGGAAAGUGAAGAAGAAGAGAGAUCUCGAUGGAUGUUAAUAGCAGAGAAGGUUGAGAAGGAUCUUGUCUUUGCAUAUGAGCAAGCUAAAAAGGCAAUGGAGGAUCAUCAUCUUUCAGAUAAUGCUAAACUGAGAUUGGUUGCUAGGUUUGGUAAACUUCUGUUUCCUAGGCUUCGAGCUGGUCCUGUAACUAAAAAUUCAUAUAGGACAUUCUGUACGGAUGUCCCAACCUCGUUCAUACAAAGCAUAAAGUCUAAGGCUAUUCCAAGCCAUGAAUUUUGUACAGACUCGGAAAAGGAAGUAUAUGUUGUGCAGAUAUCGCAUUACACUCGUCCUUAUUCAACCAUCAGAUGUAAAUGUACCGUGAAGGAAGAUGGAACUCUCAGUAUGUACAAGGCAAGUCUUGAGUUGAGCCACACGUGUCUGAAUCCUCUAAGGCAUUUGGUUGUUGAUGUGUCAUGCAUUGAUCAGAAUCUUGACAUGAGGCUUAUGCUCGCCCGCAAAAGUAAUAUGAUGACUCUUACGGAGAAAGAGACAAGUAACAUUCAAAGAUUGCUGGAUUCAGCAACUGUAGAUUCGAGUGUGAAAGGGGGAUUAAGGUGGCCGCUUGGUAAACCUUCAUCUGAAAAUGGAUACACAAUAUUUGAAGUUUGUCAUGUUAAAGCGACUACAUACAAGAACCGGUCUCUCAGGCUAAGGGUCAGAGAGACUAAGGGGUUUAGUGAGAGGUUUGGGACAUGGGAAGUUGAGAGGGGAGUGACUUUGAUACUUCAAGACAUCAACACAAAGCUACAGGAGCAGAACAUUGAUAGGGGGUGUGUUUUGGAAAUGCUUAGAGAUGCUCUUGGAACUAUAUGGGACUUCUUGCAUUGUGAUCCCUCUCUCAUAGUCUUACCUUUAUCCACUGGUCCGUUUGCCGCUCUGCGUCUUAAUCCUCCGGGUUCUUUCCCCCGACUCGGGUCGGAGGGACCAGCUCCGCCGUGGAAGCCACCGGAGCCUGCUACUGACAUGUCUAACCGAGACGGACCUCCUCCCUCUCUACUGCAGACCAUGGAUAUACCAGAGUAUCCAAUGCAUAGAAGGUUAUCUUCUUCUGAGAAGGGGAAAAGUGUGGCUUUGGAGCAUCUGCCAGCUCCCCGCAAAGCUCGAGUCAAGGAAUGGAAACCUAGAGGUGAUCAUACCAAGGACUCCUACCGCAGGAAUUAUGACGAGCAUACUCCCCGUCAUGGAGCGGGAACUAGGAAUGGUGUGGAACAUAUUCGUGGGGAUUCCCACUCCUUUCAGAGACCUGAGACGCAAAGAGAUAUAAGACUAAAUGGUAGUGUGGAGGAGAGGUCAUCUCCUGUUAAGACUACACUCUCUUCACACGACCGCACGGCCUCUUCAAGACGUUGUGAUUCUCCUCCAGCUAGGGGGGCUCCCCUACUGGAGUGUAACACUAUCAACAGUUUCCCACAGGAGGCUGUGGAGACGGCUAUGGAGCAAAUUCGAGGGGUAAUGUCCCAAUACGUUGGAUGUGCUGAUCCGACGGAAAGCGCAGCUCGUAAAGAGAGGUUAAGACAAGCUGAGAUCCUUGGUGAAGUUGAGGAAACUGCUCUACAAAUGGUUAGAGCAGAUAUUGCCAGAGAAACCCUUUCUGAGGUGGAGCCUGCUCCCGAGUGGGAACCAGUAAAUGAGUGUUUAUUACCCCAGGGCCGGCCUCCUAUUGCUGCUAGAUUAGGCCCCCUUAAUGUCGUCUCGCGCGAGACUGAAGAGCUUGAUAUUCUGGAGGAAGGUGGUCCCCCUGAUAGAAUCCCAGUUGCAGACAGACUUGGACCUCUCCUUAACUCAUCAGAUGAGCCAACAGUGCAAAAAAGGAAACCGGGAAGACCCCCUGGUAGAAGAAGAGUGGUUUCGAGCCCUGCAACUAACAAGAGAUCAUGCUCCCGCAAGAGAAAAGCACAGACAAAGCCUCCCCUGGGACGUGCUAGUACCUCAGGUGUUGGGCAACACUCCAACCUCCUCGGAUAA